AUGGCGCUGGGGCUGCAGCGCGCAAGGUCGAGCACGGAGCUGCGCAAGGAGAAGUCCCGGGAUGCGGCCCGCAGCCGGCGCAGUCAGGAGACCGAGGUGCUGUACCAGCUGGCGCACACGCUGCCCUUCGCGCGCGGCGUCAGCGCGCACCUGGACAAGGCCUCCAUCAUGCGCCUGACCAUCAGCUACCUGCGCAUGCGCCGGCUCUGCGCCGCAGGGGAGUGGAACCAGGCAGGAGCAGAGAGAGAGCCGCUGGACGCCUGCUACCUGAAGGCCCUGGAGGGCUUCGUCAUGGUGCUCACUGCCCAGGGGGACAUGGCUUACCUGUCGGAGAAUGUCAGCAAACACCUGGGCCUCAGUCAGCUGGAGCUCAUUGGCCACAGCAUCUUUGACUUCGUCCACCCCUGCGACCAAGAGGAGCUGCAGGACGCCCUGACCCCCCCGCCGAGCCUGUCCAGGAAGAAGCCAGAGGCCCCCACGGAGCGGAGCUUCUCCUUGCGCAUGAAGAGCACCCUGACCAGCCGCGGGCGCACCCUCAACCUCAAGGCGGCCACCUGGAAGGUGCUGCACUGCUCCGGACACUUGCGGGCCUACAGGCCUCCUGCUCAGACUUCCCCGGCCGGGAGCCCCCGUGCGGAGCCUCCCCUGCAAUGCCUGGUGCUCAUCUGUGAAGCCAUCCCCCACCCCAGCAGCCUGGAGCCCCCGCUGGGCCGGGGGUCCUUCCUCAGCCGUCACAGCCUGGACAUGAAGUUCACUUACUGCGAUGAGAGGAUCGCAGAGGUGGCCGGCUACAGCCCCGAUGACCUGAUUGGCUGCUCCGCCUACGAGUACAUCCACGCGCUGGACUCAGACACCGUCAGCAAGAGCAUCCACACCUUGCUGAGCAAGGGCCAGGCAGUUACGGGGCAGUAUCGCUUCCUGGCCCGGAGCGGUGGCUACCUGUGGACCCAGACCCAGGCCACGGUGGUGUCCGGGGGCCGCGGCCCCCAGUCCGAGAGUAUCGUCUGCGUCCACUUCCUGAUCAGCAGGGUGGAAGAGACCGGAGUGGUGCUGUCCCUGGAGCAAACCGAGCGACACUCUCGAAGACACCAUCAGCGGACCGCUGCCUUCCAGAAGGGCGGUCCUCACUCGGGGGACAGACUUGACCCCCGCGGCCCCCGGAUCCUGGCCUUCCUGCACCCCCCUGCCCUGAGCGAGGCUGCGCUGGCCGCUGACCCCCGCCGUUUCUGUAGCCCCGACCUCCGCCACCUCCUGGCGCCCAUCCUGGAUGGGGCUUCGGUCGCCACCGCCCCCAGCACCCCGUCAGCCCCGCGGCGCCCCCGGAGUCCUCUUCCGGCUGAUCUCCCAGAUCAACUACUUGUGGGCAUGGAGAAUGCACACAGACCGUUUGUCACCGGGAAAGACCUGGAGGUAGUGGAGACAGAUCUAGAGGUAGCUCAGGACGCCGAUGCCCUGGACCUGGAGAUGCUGGCCCCGUACAUCUCCAUGGACGACGACUUCCAGCUCCACUCCAGCGAGCAGCUGCCCAGGGCCUGCCACAGGCCCGCGGGGGCCACCCCCCGGCCCCGCGCGCGGAGCUUCCACGGCCUGUCCCCCCCGACCCCUGAGGCCUCUCUGCUGCCCCGCUGGGGGAGUGACCCCCGGCUGAGCUGCUGUAGCCCCUCCAGAAGAGACCCGUCAGCGUCCUCCCCCACGGCUGGGGCUCGGAAGAGGGCCCUGGCCCCGAGCUCAGAGGCCGAGGCCGAGGGGGUGGAGCUGCUGGGAGUGAGACCCCCGAAACGGCCCCCCAACCCGGAACCUGAAAGCUUCCCGCUGCCUUCCCUCAGCCUGAGUUUCCUUCUGACACGAGGACCGGCCCCAGGGGGCCAGCAGGAGCCAAGCGCCCCCCUUCUGGACCUGAGUGAGCCCCUGGGCCUGGGACCCUCGCUGCUCUCUCUCUACCCGGAGGACGCCGCCGCCGCCCAGCCUGGGAGCCCCUUCCAGCCAGUGGCCAGCUCGGCCCGCGCCCUCUGA